AUGUCCCCAAACCUCUUGUUAAUCUUUGUGCUUGGUACGUACCAUAUAUCUCCCCCGGGCCUUCCUAUCAUUAAUUCUCGUGCUUUGUGGGCUCACUGCAAAAUAGGGCCUCCAGCAGCGGGGAAGGGUACUCUCUGUGGCAGCUUGACAGGACAAUACGCCGUGCAACACAUGUCAGUUGGCGACGUCCUGCGAAAGGUUGCAACGAACAACAAUCACCCGUCCAUCAAUCAAAAGCUAGAGAAACAAGAACUUAUCAACGCAGAAGAACUGCUGCCCAUCCUGAAGGAUAAGCUGUCUGAGGCAGGCUUGAAAGACCCGGAGCGAAGGGUAAUGCUCAUAGACGGCUUCCCUCGUAGCAAGGCACAAGGAGAGGCAUUUGAAGCUCAGGUAAAGUCAGACAGAUAUUAUUCCUCCGGCGUACUAAUGCAUUGAGUAUCUCGCAGCACCACAACUUGUCCAACUCUUUAGAUGUGACAAAGAGGUUGCAAGGAAGCGAUAUCUGGAUCGCAAGCGAGGCAAAGACGAUGACGCGAUGUUUGAAAAGCGAUACCACGAGUACGAGAUAGAGAGUGAGGCUAUUGAGAGUGCGUACGGAAAACGGGGGCUUGUAUUAGAGGUGCAGGUUGAUACCGAGAUCUUGGAAUCGUGGGACAACCUCCAGAACCUCCUUGCGCAAGACCAACGAUGGAAAAGUCUUUUCGUCAGGUAA